AUAUAUUUCACUAUAGCGUGAAAUUUCCCAUAUAUUUUUUUUAAUUGAAUAAGACAAGGUAAGAUUGAAAAUAAAAUAAGCUAUGUGUUUGGAUGAAGGCGCGAGGGUCGUUCUCCCCGACUCCUCUUCUAAGUACACAAUUAAUGUUGUAUAUGCACAUAACCUCCAAUUUUAACCGCAAUUUAGUAGUAAACUUGAUACUAUUAGUCAUUAGAUUCUUGGAAAUUACGCCAAAAUAUCAGGUUGAAAGAGACUAUCAAGCCCAAGCAAGACGCAGCAACAUUACCACUUGAUGUUUUCUUCCACACAAUUUCCAAUCAGUUGACUUAACUAAAUGAAUAUCAACGACUUAAAGAUGCUACUACUAUCAUAAUCAUAUGCUUAUUAAAUUAAGCCCAUUCAUUUGCAACCAAAAUUACUUCUUAAAAUUUGGUGAAAAUCAAUAAAUAAUCAAUAAUUAAUUUUCAAUAAUCAAUAAUAAUAAUUAAUAAUGUUUGAUUAUGCUCACCCUUUCGCGGUGUUCUUUGGUAUUUUGGUCGUUGUUUAUCUUCUUUCUAAGCUCUGUUAUUUGAAACGAAAUAGUGAAGCCCAAGCCCAAGCCCAAGCCCAAGCCCAAGCCCAAGUCCAAGCCGAAAUUCGAACUGAAGCCGAAGAACAACACCGGGUAGAGCGCAAGGGGUUAGACCAGGAGAUCAUAGAUUCGUAUCCAACGGUGUUGAUGGGAGAAAAAGGGAAUCAAGAUGCCGCGUGUUCCAUCUGCUUAUCUGAAUAUGAUAAAAGUGAUAUACUGAAGAUUUUGCCAGAAUGUUUGCAUAGAUUUCAUAGGGAUUGUUUGGAUGAAUGGCUGAAAAGGGAUGACACGUGUCCUAUUUGUAGAACUCAUCCACCUCGUUUUUAGUAGAUUAGUUUGAAAUUUUAAAUUACAUAGAAGUAAUAACUAGGAGUAUGUAAUUGUAUGGAUAUUGUUAAUUCAUACAAGUAUUGGAUAAUUCACAAUAAAUCAAUUAUACUUGUUAUAUAAGAUUUUUUGUUUUUACUAAAUUCAAUGUUUUUUUUAUUUAUGUACUUCUAUUAAAUUAUGCAUAAUUAAAAAUUUGAUCAGUAAGUUGUUAUG